AUGCACUGUGUGAGUCGAGGAGGCUGCUACCUUGUGAACUCCUACUGUGAUCUUCAGGAGGAAAACGAGAGGAGGAAAGAGAGCUACGAAGCAUGUUGGCUGAGUCUGGUGCUUGAAACAAGACCACAAUACAAGCUGGUACUAUCAGAGAAAGACAACAUUCGUAAAGAGAGUUACAAGCAGGAACAGGUGGUCCACUUCAUGGUUGAGAGGAAUCCCAGCCAGAUACUGAGGCUGGGCAACUACAGCAGAGCCAUGACAGAGCACUGCUUACCCUUCAACCUCAGCAGGGACCCAUACAUCAAAAACAGCUUGCUACAACAAGAAAAGAGCCAUGUCAUACUCAGAAAGGAGAAUAAUGAAGCAUAUGUGAAUAAAAAGAAAGUGACUUGCAUAACUCAGACCUUCACCAAGCCGGUCAGAGUGAACUUUAGACCUUCGAGUUUGAUGUCAUCACCGAGGGAAACUUCUCAUCGGAUGCAGAGGAGAGAGUAAGGCGAGGAACUGGAGGUGUUUUAAGACUGCA